CCAAAACCUGUAACCAGACAGACAUCACAGUCAUGAUGCGAGGUAGCUUUUCAUUCUCCAGGGAGAAUUUUCACUAAACACCGGACGUUUGAUAAUUUAAAUUUCAAAAUGAUCCGAAUCAACAACACCCAAUACUUCCACUUCCUGCAGCAGGCAGAUGCCUUACGUCGCUCAGGGUCGCUCUGUGAUGCCAUCAUCUCGGUGAAAAGUCAAACUUUCAGGGCUCAUCGGCUGGUACUGGCUUGUGCUAGCAGAAGACUCGCGCAACAGCUAGCCCAGGCAGACAUAGACAGCCCAGUCCACUGCACUCUGGAGUAUUUAUCACCCCACACCUUCCAGCAAGUUCUGGACUUCACCUACGCACAGACUCUUGAGGUGUCUGUGCAUGACCUGCACCUGCUGCUUACAGCUGCUCAGUUGUUGGAGAUGCAGCCUCUGGAGGACCAGUGCAGGAAGCAGCUGGGCAAUCUCCACAGAGCCAGAGAGGAGGGCAAAACGAGAGAAAUCAUAUGUGUCAAAGACGAGGAAGAAGAAAGUGCCGAGAACGAUGAAAAGCAAAAGGAAAGUCCAGUUCAAGAGGAGAAACUAAAAGAGAAGCCUUCCCCAGUGGAGGAGGCAAGCGACUGCAUUGUCAUGGAAAACCUCUCGCCCUCUGAUCCUGAUGAGAACUCCAACAGUCAGCCAUCCCCAAGAAAGAAGCCCAAACUCUCCCCUGUGUCAGCAACAUCCCAUAACAGAGACAGUGUUUUCACCAGGCCUGCCAGCACCAGUUCCUCUUUCUCUUCUCCCUGGACAAACAUGUGGAGCUCUGUGAACACCCUGAGGCGGUUAGCGAACUAUUCAAGCUUAAUUGCAACUCACCCCCUUCAGUCCCCAAACCAGUCCUCUGUAGCAUACCCAUUCUCCCUCUCCACCCCCCACAUGUUCCCGCUUCUCGGCUCUCAUUUUCAAACCCCUGUUCACAGCUCUGUAAUGGGCUACUCAGGCUUUUAUCCACAUUACACACAAAAGCUUCACGCCAGGUCUACAGGGAUGAGGAACAUAAUCAAGCAAGGCCUGUUAAAAAGAAAAAAAAACAGCCAGAGAGCAUUUACUGGGACUGUUCAAACCAGUGAGCAGAGUUACCAUGAGGUACCCAAAGCCAGCAAAGAGAGAGUUAAAGACUGCAAACACGGCAGUACAAGCCUCCGUGUUGAUCCAGUGCUGCGGGAGUCAGCCUCCACACUACCAGGUGAUGCCUGUGCAGGGUGUCGAUUCUGUGAAAGAAGAGAUGUAGUUCAGCGUGAACCACAAUCCAAUCGACCAGACCACAGAAGUGAAAAACCCUACCAGUGCCAACACUGUCCCAAGAAGUUUAGUCUGAAACAUCAACUCGACACGCACAUCCGCGUUCACACUGGAGAGAAACCCUUUGAGUGUCGUCUCUGCGGGCAGCGUUCACGGGACUACUCAGCCAUGAUCAAGCACCUGCGCACUCACGGCGGGGCCACGCCCUACCAGUGCACAGUGUGCCUGGAGUUCUGCAAUAGCCUGGCCGCCAUGCAAAGACACGUCAAGAGCCACGCAGUGCAGGACUUCCCUCCUGACUGGAGCAUCAACAACACCUAUCUGUACAACUCACACAUGUGAGCCUCACAGCACAGACUCCUCUGUCUACACAAAGUUCUCACAAGUGUCGCUUCAGUUUGUGCCUCUCAUGUACCACCAAUUAGGCCUACAUCUCAGUCACAGAGAUUAUGAUCUGUUUUUCUGAAGAAUACAUCCCCGAUUGUGUUUAUAAAAACAAGAAGGUCCUUUAACAACACUUAACACUCUCAAUGUUAUAACAAUAUUUGGAUCAACGACGGUUCAUAUCCAGGAUAAUCCCCGGAUUUUCUGCUAGAUGUCCCUCACCUUCCGUUCUUUGUGUUGCCGUUCUUAAACUCUGUUUCAGUUUCAGAACCUCCAAGCAGACAAGCUACACGCUGAAAAUGGCAAGUUUUGAAGAAAAUUGGGAUCGUGCAACAAGGCAGGCCUGCUUGGCUCUUUCAGGGAAUGAUUGUAAAAAUGUACAAAGAAUAUGUUAAGGGAAUUUACUAUCUAACUGAGACGUUUUGGGACGGAUUGGACCAAGUUCCUUCCCAAGACCAUUUUGCAGAGCCACUUUCUCUGCGUCUGGACGAUUAUGAUUGGUUUAAAGAAAUACAAACAACCCACAGCGUAUUUUUCUCCUAUCCAGGGAUGUAUUUGUGGAGGAGCUGGAGCUUACUCUGCAGCGCGGUGGAGAUAGGUCUGGCAAUGCGAGACUAUAAGAAUACAUGAAAGGCACAAACUGGGGCUAUCACACGUGUUGCAAUAACCUCUAUACAAACUGAAACUGCUCUGUAUUCACAUUCACAACUGUAGAAUAUAGAAAUGUGGGACUCUUGACAUGUCAGAAAAUGUAACGAAAGUGUUUACCAUUUAAUCAGGUCAUGUACGUGCAUUAAAGCCACAUCAACAGCUUCUCCUCGUGAAAUGACGCAGGCACCUUCCCUCUUACUUUCAUACUUAUUGGAACUUCUUGUGAAGUCAAAUCCCAGCCAAAUCUCAUAUAUGGUAACAUUAAACCAUUUUUGGAAGACUGUAUUUAUGAAACACUGACAAUAAGGAAUGUGGUGGACAAAUAAAAACAUCACUAGACAGCUCAUUAAACUGCUUUAGUUCAUUGAGAUGAGAAUAACUGAGAUUUUGUGGGCAUAUGACCUAGCUAGUGACAAACUAUAGUCCAGAAUGUUCUUCCAUUAGUGGAUUUUUUGCAUCAUCAGUCACUGACCUAAUUCACUAGUUGCAGUUUAAAGGCAUGAAUAUACUGAGUAAAUACCAAGUGGUAUUUAGCAACUGCCAUACCUCUCUAAAAGCACCACACAAGUAUGACUAUAUGCAGUGUGUAACCACACACAGUCAGAAGAACGUCCAGGCUACUGAAAGCUAUUUGUUGAUUUGUACAGCAUUAUCUGAAUGUGUAUGGGGAAUGAAAUAAAUAAAAUACAUGUUUAACUCCUUUUUCGUGAAUUGGCUUUAAUGGAUCAAUAUGCCAUGUUUAAGACUACUAAUGCAUCAAAUAAACAAGCUUACUCAAAACGGC